AUGGACGCUCCGCUUCCCGGUGCCCUCCCGACACCACUACAUCACUGUUUGGGCUAUCCCCUUAAUCCGGAUUCAACGAUGGACUCACAAGAUCAAGCAAGCUUAGAAGGACGAGCACCUCCGACCGAAGAGAACGAACGCGCUCGUUUCCGAGAACUCCAUCGAGUGGAUAUCGAUCCAAAUUCCUUCUCAGCCUUUGUCACGUUGGCUGGAUUGGAGAAAGUGCAAGAAUACCAUGACCGACUGGAAGCGGUAUUUCGGAUUGAGAUAAGCAAUGGGAGACCAAAAGAAUCUUGCACCGCUUUGUGGGAGGCUUUGGUCGUCUCAAAGCACUGCUCUUUUAACGUCUUCAGGGAAGCACUCUUACUGACCGAGGAAAAACAUCCCGAUCAGAUAAAAGAAUUUCUCCGUCUUGCUUACUUCCAUCAAUAUCCUAAGCAUGAUUCUUCCAACCUCUCGAACAAACAAAUGGCCGAUGCAAUCAAGGGUGUCGUCGCCAACAAACCUGAGAAGCCUCGCGACUCCGAAUCUGUUCAUCCGGACUGGUCUGUCGAUAUCGUGAAGGCUGGUUUUCAGGCAGAGUAUAAGAAUUCCGAUCUUAUCGUCAAACCAAACCUAGAUCUCCUCCGUGAUAUGGCGGGUGCAUGGUCGCAAAUAAAUUACAAGGCGCCCUUCACUUCGAUCGUCGGCUCGACAUGA